UCACGCAUGCGCCGGCGGCAGCUGCGGCCGCGGCGAGUUGGCGCGUUGCUGUUCUGUGGCGGCCGGCGGUAUGGGGCUGAGUCGCGUGCGGGCCGUUUUCUUCGACCUGGACAACACGCUCAUCGACACCGCCGGCGCGAGCAGGCUAGGCAUGUUGGAGGUGAUAAAGCUCUUACAAUCAAAAUACCAGUAUGAAGAAGAAGCUGAAAUCAUCUGUGAUAAAGUUCAAGUUAAACUCAGCAAGGAGUGUUUUCAUCCGUACAAUACAUGCAUUACUGACCUGAGGACGUCACAUUGGGAAGAAGCAAUCCAGGAAACAAAAGGUGGUACGGACAAUAGGAAAUUGGCUGAAGAAUGUUAUUUCCUGUGGAAGUCUACCCGUUUACAGCACAUGACACUAGCAGAAGACGUCAAGGCCAUGCUCACUGAACUUCGAAAGGAGGUCCGCCUGCUCUUACUGACAAACGGUGACAGGCAGACCCAGAGGGAGAAGAUUGAGGCUUGUGCCUGUCAGUCCUACUUUGAUGCCAUCGUUAUAGGUGGAGAACACAAAGAGGAGAAACCGGCACCUUCAAUAUUUUACCACUGCUGUGACCUCCUUGGAGUCCAGCCUGGAGACUGCGUGAUGGUGGGUGACACGUUAGAAACCGACAUACAAGGAGGCCUCAACGCAGGGCUGAAAGCCACCGUCUGGAUAAAUAAAAAUGGAAUAGUGCCGCUGAAGUCAUCCCCUGUCCCCCAUUACAUGGUUUCAUCGGUGCUGGAGUUGCCUGCUCUCUUGCCGAGUAUAGACUGUAAACUCAGUAAGUCGGCCUGAGGCACACACAGGCCACAGUUGUGAAUCCCCAGCGCUGGAACUAAGUGCUGAGGCGUUCCGUUACUGUGGUGCAGUUCUAAGAGUAGUUUCACAAUGGCCGUUAUUGUGAGUGUCUUUCCAAUCCUGCUGCUUUGGACAGCCAACCAUUGCCUGGUGUUGGUAUCUGGAAAUCCAGAUUGCAUUAACACAAGUUACUAUUAGUGUAGCUCAGGAAACUUGAGGAAAUAAUAUUAUUUGUUAAUCUGUGACUUGAGAUUUUUGAAAAUUAAUUUAUUAAUCUUUUAGUAUCUGGAUUCCAUGAUACUACAUGAUUGCAUAGGUAUAGGUUUUAUGGUUUAAAAUUGAUAUUAAAAAAAGAUAUUCUAGAUUGUAUGUAAAUAGAGAAUCACCAGAACAACAACUGAAUAUGGCUGAUAUGAAAUAAGUAGUAAGUCAUCCAGGCAUUUUAUAGUGAAACUAUUUUGCAUAUUUCCCUUUUAAAUGUGUAAAGUUUUUACCUACUUUGGGUGUAUAGUAUUUUUAAUCUAUUUCUGCAUGACCUUUUCUGGUGGUCAGUUUAUCAAUGCUGGGUACCUGAUACAUUCCUCCAUGGGAAAGUGUUACAAAUCAAUCAAAUUGCGGUGCUCCUUUUCCACACCUUUGCAGAGGGAGCUGGUAACUUCCUUGUAGCCUUUACUUUUUGAGGAGAUAUUUUUACUUUUCCCAGGCACACAGUAGGGUUCAGCAGGCUGGGCUAUUUUGCUGGGGAUAAAUGCAAGCCAUGGCACCAGAAGUUAUUUUCCCUGUAUGGAUCCAUAAGAGGAUAAUUUACCCUAUGUGGCCUAACCAGGCAGGCUCAUCUCUCCCAUUGGCUGAAUGGUUUCACCCCAUCAUGAAACUAACAGAAGAUUAGGCUUUGCUAUGAAUCAUUUCCCGAGUGCUAUUUUAAUACUUCAGUGACUCUUCCUGGAGUUCCGUUCUGCCUUAACUCUUUUGUGAAUACAUCACUUCACAAAUUUCUAUAUCCAAUUCAGGGUUCAUGUUGAGCUUAAUAAUUAACCGCUCUGUAAAAUUUGCCCUAGAUUGUCUGUGAUUCACCAAACUUGGAGUAAAGUGGUUAAAAAAUAAAGGGAAAAUGGUUAUUACAGUAGGAAACAUGAUUUCAGUUGGGUGAGUGGGUUUUUGUGUGUUUUUUGUUGUUGUUUUUGGAGGGUGUAGAUUUUUAAGACUUAUUUGAGACAAGUGCUAAUUUAAAGUAUGUUGGGAUAUGCCUAAAUGUGGCUCCAAGAUUGAUAUUCAGAAUCAAAUUCUAGAUGAUGCCCGUCUGAGAACCUAUUUCUUUAGCUAGUUGUUCCCUCUCUAGUACCCUGAACAGAAUUCUCUUUCUUAUACAAAUGCCCUUAUGUGUUUAUUUGUCUCUCAGUUUUAAAAAAUAUGAUUGUAUCCUUGCCUGGGUGCUGUUGCUGUGAAACUGAAUGUCUGAACAGAGUAUGUUUGUAGUUCCAGCUCUGGUAUCCAUGCGACCUUGGUUGUCCUUUAACUAUUUAAAAAUCAUUCUAUUGGAAGAUUUGGGCAAAUAUUGAGCAUGAUUUCUCUGAUGUGUGAUGCUGAGUGCUUGUCCUUUCAGCUACAGGGUGGGUGCAGGCCGCAUCACCUUUGUUACACUAACUCUUACAUCAUGGUGACAGACCUCAACAAGAUAGCUCCUAGGGUGAGCUGUUCUUCAGCAACAGUGAUUUGGGGGAGAAUAGGGAAUAAUUGACUUUCCCUGUCUUCACAGUUUGUAUUCUGUAUAGUACAGUAAUGCAAUCUUACAUUCCAUUUGCACCUUCCUUCAGGAAGAACUUUGUGGUUUUCUACCUUCUGAGUGGAAUGUUACAGAAGAUAUUUUAAAAUAUUUGAGAUAGACUUGUGAUUUUAUUAAUAAUGUUUUGGCUUAGAAUCUUAUUCCUUAAAAUUAAAAAAUUAUGUAACUGCA